GUCAGAAGUCAGAACCUCAGAACUAUCAAAUUGUAUCUCACGCGAAGGUUAUGUUAUGUCAAUGAUGUUAUUUAUGUCUCAGCCCCCCCCCUUGUCCAUAAAUAGCUGUUGAGAUUGGAUAAUUUCAAUUUCAAUUACAUCAUGGACGAUGUUGAAGAAAUUUUGGAUUUGGACAGCGAUGAAGAAGGCAAUAUUGAUGAUUGUACAUUUGUCAAGCUCGUUGAAUGUAGGCCUUGGCUUUAUGAUUCUGAGCACUCAAAGUACAAGAAUAAUAUGUUUAAAGAAGAAACAUGGCGUCUGAUUUCUAAUGCAAUGGGUUGGGAAAAUGAUGAAAGUGAAAUGACAGGGGCAGGAGUAGCGAGGUGCAAAAGUACAUGGAAGCGUCUCCGUGACAAUUUUAUGAGGGCCUUGAGGAGAUUGCCUUCUGGAGCAGGUCCAGAAGAAAUAGACUCAUUGAGGAAGAAGCCUAUAUAUGAUGCUCUCAUGUUUCUACGUAAAGUCAAGGAUAAGAACACAAGAAAGUCCUCAAGCAAUUUCAAGAAGUCAGCACCUGCCAUAAAAAAACAUAAAGUGUCCUCACCCUCAGUUCCGAGAGAACAAUGGAAUGAGUUGAUCAUUAUCAAUGAAAAUGAUAACCUUACUGAGGACAAAGAGAACCAAAAUGGAGAACACUUCACACAGGGACAAUCUCCUAAACUCCAAUCUCCUGAACUUGUAUCUUCUGAUCAGCCAGGAUUUUCUGGGGCUACCAGAAAACUGAAUGUUGGUUCUUCACCCCUACCAUUUGAGGCAACCAUCAAGCAUCCUCCACCAAAAAGAAUAAAUCCUCCAACAGAUACACACUCCAAAAAAAGGCUGCCAAAUUCAACAAAUUUGAGGAAAUGCUCAGCAAAGGAUUCGAAACUCUGA